CCAUGUCUCUGGAGAUGGAGAAGACCAUCACCAAGCUGAUGUACGACUUCCAGAGGAACUCCACUUCUGAUGAUGACUCUGGAUGUGCACUGGAGGAGUACGCCUGGGUUCCCCCCGGCCUCAGUCCUGAGCAGGUGCAUCAGUAUUACAACUCCUUACCAGAGGAGAAGGUUCCCUACAUAAACAGCCCCGGAGAGAAAUACCGCAUCAAACAGCUGCUUCACCAGCUGCCGCCGCACGACAACGAGGUGCGUUACUGCAACGCGCUGGACGAGGAGGAGAAACGGGAGCUCAAGCUCUUCAGCAACCAGCGGAAAAAGGACAACCUGGGCCGAGGCAACGUCCGGCCCUUCCCCCUCACCAUCAGCGGAGCCAUCUGUGAGAAGUGCGGGGGUCAGAUCAACGGAGGGGACAUCGUGGUCUUCGCUGCCAGGGCCGGUCAUGGGUCGUGCUGGCACCCUCACUGCUUCGUCUGCAGCAUGUGCGAGGAGCUGCUGGUGGACCUCAUCUACUUCUACCAGGAUGGGAAGGUCUACUGUGGCCGGCACCACGCAGAGAGGCUGAAGCCCCGCUGCUGCGCCUGUGAUGAGAUCAUCUUCGCUGACGAGUGCACCGAGGCCGAGGGCCGGCACUGGCACAUGAAGCACUUCUGCUGCUACGAGUGCGAGACCACCCUGGGCGGCCAGCGCUACAUCAUGAAGGACGGGCGGCCUCACUGCUGCAACUGCUUCGAGUCCCUCUACGCGGAGUACUGCGACGCGUGCGGCGAGCACAUAGGCAUCGACCAGGGCCAGAUGACGUAUGACGGCCAGCACUGGCACGCCACCGAGGAGUGCUUCUGCUGCGCCCACUGCAAGCGCUCCCUGCUGGGCCGCCCCUUCCUGCCAAAGCAAGGGCAGAUCUUCUGCUCACGGUCCUGCAGCGCCGGCCAGGAUCCAGACGAGUCCGACUCCUCGGACUCAGCCUUCCAGAGCGCUCGCUCUCGCGAAUCCCGCCACAGCACCAAGAUUGGGAAGAAGGAGCGCCGGAACGCUGAGCAGGAGCGCAGGAGCGCCGAGGCCCGCCAGUCGGCUCCUCCGCCUAUGCCCGACCGCCUGUCGGCUGAAAUCGACCCGCUGUCGGUUCAGAUGGACCGUCUGAGCGUGUCCUCCAGCCAGACUCCGAGCAGGACGCCCAACCGUACGCCCAGCCGCACCCCGAGCCGCGCGCCCAGCCUGAACCAGGUGUGGAUGAGCCGGGACGAGCCCUACGUCCCAGCUGCCUAUGAGGGGCCCCAGCGGGAACCCUCCCCCACCCCCACACCUGUACAUAUGCUGGGUCAGUGUAACCCCCGGCAGGCUUACAACCACAGUGCGAAUGCUCAUCCUCCAGCCCAGAAUGCUGCCAACCAAGGGAAGAGGCCUGAUUCCUGGGGGAAGGAACAAGGCAAUGCCAAGAGGAUGCCCAUGGCUGCUCUGAGGGGCCACUCCUUCAAUGAGAACUGGAUCCACCACAGCCAGGAUGAGUUCAGGCCCAACAAGCUCCGCACACAGAUGAGCUUCAAUGAGAUGUCGAGCCAGAACCAGGGUUUCUCGGACAAGAGGAGCAUCAGUCUGCAUGGGUUCCAGAGAGACGGCCGACCUCCGCUGACUCGGAGGAACCCCAUCAACGCCAUGAGCUUCAACGAGCCCCUCACCCCUGUAGAACAGACCCCCCGCGGGUCUGUGGACUCCCUCACCAUGUCCAACGCCACAGCAGGUAACUCUCUGGACGGGGUCACUAAGCGUCAGGAGCAUCUGUCGAGGUUCUCCAUGCCCGAUCUGAGCAAGGACUCGGGUGUCAAUGUGUCAGAAAAGAGCAACAUGGGCACGCUCAGCUCCUCGGUCCAGUUCCACAGCACAGAAUCCCUGUCCUCCUCCCGCCCCUACAACAACAACAUGUACACCCCACUGAGAGUGGGCUACCCGCUGCAGUACUGGGACGGUCAGCAGCCACAGGGCCGCGUGGGGGUGAUGGGCAGCAGCGGAAACCUGCGCAUGGCUCCCAUGAGUGACAGGAUGCCCCGGAGACGCAUCAACGGCCAGGACACGCUGUCCCAGCCCCAGCAGCCGCAGCCGCGGCGCCGCAAGCACCACCACGGAAACCACGGCAACGGGCAGCAUCGCAGCGGCCGCCACCACAAGCGCUCCCGCCGCUCCCGCUCUGACAACGCCCUGCACCUGGCGGCGGACCGGCCCGCUCAGAUGGUGGAGCUGCCCUACCGCCGUGUCCAGGAGGACUACGACCGCUUCCCCUCCGGCCACGCCGCUCGGGAGCUCUACGGGCUGGACCCGGGCGGAUACAGGCAGCAGUCCCAUCGGCCCUGCCCGCGCACCACCUCCGAUCUCACCCUGCAGAACGCCGGGUGGCAGCCUGUGGGGCUGGGGGGGCCGUGCUGGGGCGACGGCUACGUGGAGGCUGCAGACCCCUGGUGCUCCAGCUGCUCCUCGUCCUCCGAGUCGGAGCCAGAUGAGAGCUAUUUCCUAGGAGAACCGAUCCCCAGGCCCGUGCAGCUGUGCUACAUCAACAACGAGGAGCUGCGCCACCGCUACAGCCCCUCUGGGAUGGGUGGUCACCACGGACCUCUGCAUGGACCGAUUCACGGCCAGAUGCACAGCCGGCAGAGGAGGAAGAGCAAAAACUGUAUCAUUUCCUAGAUGUAGAGCAAAGAAAUAGUGAGGGAAGAGCAGGAGAGGUAAGGAUAUGGUUAAAGCAACAGAGGAGGAUACAGGGAGUGGGAAGGUGAGAGUGAGACAGUUGACUGUGUGUGUGUGUGUGUGUGUGUGUGUGUGUGUGUGUGUGUGUGUGUGUGUGUGUGUGUGUGUGUGUGUGUGUGUGUACCUAUUUUUUGUGCUUGUGAGCUUACACAACUCCUCACCGGCCAGUGUUUGGUUUGUGUACACCUACACAGAGUGAUCUAAUCAUGAGAGGAAGCUCGAAUGUCUUACACAACAGAAAUGUUUACAAUGGUGGAAUCAUCUCUGCUGACGCUAUGAAGGAGCAGGGAUGAAUCUGAUGAACUAUACUGUGGUGGAGGUAAAUAACACGAUGUGUGUGCGCGUCUGUGUGUGUCCGUGUUACAGAAAGAUUGAACAUUUCCUUGGCACUUUGAAAGGAAAGUACCACAGGUCCGAGCGCAGCCAUGUGACUGUUCCUGCCGCCGCUCCGGGGCGCGGGCAGCGAAACGUAAUCUUUGUGGACAAACCAGAAAUUGUGCUGGGAUGGUGAAACCUCCGCACUAGAUUCCAAGCUGUUAUUGUUCACGCCGACGGAAUUCAAAUGCUGCUGGAAUAUAGUGUGGGCUCGCUAGCCCUUUGGUCGCCUUGUACAAAUAGUCUGUUGAACCGUGCGCUCUACAUAGCAGCUCUCAUGCUUUACCAAGGACGGGGCCGCGCUGCCUCCGCUCCUUGACCAUUCAGGCACAGUAACGUCAGGUAUGGUCCCGUUUUCUCUUCUGCAACAUGCUUCGUUUUUUGAAAGUUACCUAUAGAAGAUUAAGAAUAAUCAUAAGAACCAACUAAUGCUAACAAUAAUAACAAUAUUAAUAACAAUGCAAAUAAUAAUUAUAACCAUAUUAAAGAAUAAUACCUUUUAAAUGUAUAUAUAGUAAUGAACCUAAUAAAGUAAUGGGUGGAGUAAUGUAAAUGUUUUGUACAUAUGGUCUUAAAUAUUUAUAUAUUUUGUAACUAAAGAAUCAUUAUUUGUAUAACAUGAUGUAGACAUAGGGAGACUUGCAUGUUAAUUUGUUGUUGUUGUCUCAUACUGAAAAUAAAGUGUACUUCACCAGGA